UCGCCAUGAAGGGCGAGACCCCCGUCAACAGCACCAUGAGCAUCGGACAGGCCCGGAAAAUGGUGGAGCAGCUGAAGAUCGAAGCCAGCAUGUGCAGGAUAAAGGUCUCCAAGGCAGCAGCAGACCUGAUGACCUACUGCGACGCUCACGCCUGCGAGGACCCCCUCAUCACCCCUGUGCCCACCUCAGAAAACCCCUUCCGGGAGAAGAAAUUCUUCUGCGCCCUGCUCUAAGCUUCGCUUGCCCCACAGCACCGGCUCCUUGGGCCCAGUAGGCAUCUGGGCCGCUCCCCUUCCCCCCCCCUCCCUCUGGACAUCCUCAGCACCAAAUCGGGGUUGGAAUCAGGGUUAGGGAGACAUGAGGCAUCUCGGGGACCGAGACUGCCACUUGGGGGGCUGCCAGUGGGGGAGAGGGGGGAGCUGGCGCCCAUUUCCUCUGGCGGCCUCCCCAUCAGUUGUGGCUAUUUUGCCACAGACCUUUGACCCAGCGCAACAAACCAAUUCCCUGCGAGUGAGAAAGCACCCUGCCCUCCUAAGAAGGGACAGCCCUCACUCGGCAGAGCAUGAGAGCAGUCGCGCUCCCAGGGGGUCCUAGAGACUAACUGCAAACAGAGCAACCCACCUGGAACAUGAGCCCGCCCGCCCCAGCCUUGAAUCACUCUGUCAAUGGAGUUUAGCUCCGAAUCAGAGGUGCUGAAGCUGUCUCCUCCUUGCCCCCACCCCCCAACAAUGCCCAGGGAAGGGUUCAGGGUAUCCCAAUUCCAGAGCCCAGGCGGUUUGUGCCAGUCCUGCCCACCCACAGUGUACCAGAGAGCACAGAAAGUAAUUAAAGUAAAAGUGGAAAUCACAAAACUGUGUCAGUGUUAAAGGGCUGAUGGGGGGGGGAGCAGCAUGGCCUCUGCCAGGGAAGGCCUCUCUCCAGUUACGCGGAACACCCCACUGUGCAAGAGGCAAAGGAUCUCAGAGCU